AUGGACGCUAUGGUGACGAAUGUCGGUUCAUUUGCGACUGCGCAACUACAAAUGAGACCGCCUUAUACAAUCCAUUUGUGGCACGGUGUGAUCACAUUACGGGAGACUGUCGUUGUCCCCCUGGUUGGACGGGACCGGACUGUGCUACACCAUGUCCUCCUGGACGAUGGGGAUCCGGCUGUAGCAGUGAAUGUGAGUGCUCGAAUGGUGCUACAUGCGAUCGUCUCACUGGAUUUUGUGACUGCCCUGCUG